GACGGCCAAGCCUCACCACGUGGCGCUGCGGGCCCGUGGCGGCGGAGAGUACGACAUCAGUGAUGCAGACAUCGAGGCCUUCUAUCAGUCCCUGCUGACUGGCAGUGGCGGCGACCCUGCCAAGGGCACCGUGCUCUCAGAGCUCAUUGUGAAGUUCUUCCACGGCGAGUUCACACCCCAGGGCUUUCAGCGCUACUCCGGCCUUUGGAAGGGCCCUCCUCCUGGCAACAUCGGCAAGAAGGACAUUGCCGUUGGCGUGGAGAAGUUGAAGCAGCAGAUGGCGAACCCCAUGUUCGUGACCAAGGCCGGCGUGGGCUACGGCGUGGAUGAGACGCAGAAGGUGGUGGAUGACGGCAAGGGCUGGGUCUGGCUGGCCGCCGAGAUGAGCCCCGGAGGCCUCGCCGUGGAGCUCUUCAAGUCGGUGCCCUACGGCAAGCGCGCGCUGCUGGUGGCGAAGCAGAGCAACGUGGAGGAGCUCUUCUCCAAGGUGAACUGGGACACUGCCCUGGCCAACAUCGACAAGACUUUCGGCGGCCCCCAGGCAAGC